AAGAAAAAAUGGUUAGCCUUGAUCAGAUAAUGCUGCUAAUGCCCAGCAUUUUAACGUGGGCAAUUCCACUAAUCUUCAUCUUCUCUUUCACGCUCAUUAAAACCGCAACACACAACAAAAAACAACACCCUCCAGGCCCUCCAAAGUUCCCUUUUCUGGGCCACUUGCACCUCCUCGGCCCCCUCCCCCACCGCUCCUUAUGGAAGCUCUCAAACAAAUACGGCCCCAUCAUGAGCCUCAAACUCGGCUCCGUCCCGACCAUCGUAAUCUCCUCCGCCGCSGCCGCAAGAGASKUSYUKAAASURCACGACCUSGCYUSCUGCAGCCGCCCUCGCUUGACCGCGAGCAGAAGAUUCUCCUACAACUUCCAAGACAUUGGGCUGUCUCCAUACAGCGACCACUGGAGGGAAGUGCGGAAAAUCAGCGUGCUCGAGCUGUUCAGCGCCAAGCGGGUGCAGUCGUUUCACCAGACUAGAGAAGAAGAGAUUGGCGUGUGGUUGAAGUCCAUCUCUCAGUGCUUAUAUUCUGAAGUCGACGUGAGUGAGAAAUCGUAUUCUCUGACCGCGAGUAUAAUAACGCGGAUUGCGUUUGGGAGGAGUUUUCGAGGGGGGGAGCUGGACGAUGAGAAUUUUCAAGGGGUUGUGCGUAGAGCAGUGGAGGCCAUGGGGAGAUUCCCGGCGAGUGACUUCUUUCCCGGCGUGGGGUGGAUUGCCGAUCGGGUGAGUGGCGUUCAUGGGCGGCUGGAGAAAAGCUUUGCUGAGUUGGAUGCGUUUUUCCAACGUGUAGUUGACGAUCGUAUCAACCGUAAUUCCAACAAUAAUGAAGAAAAUAUCGUUGAUGUUUUGUUGAAGAUGGAGAGAGACCGCACUCAAUCUGAUGUUCUGCAACUUACUAUAGAUUGCAUCAAGGCACUUAUCAUGAAUAUAUUUCUAGCUGGAGUGGAAACUGGAGCCGGAACAAUUGUUUGGGCCAUGACAGAGCUGAUUAAGAAUCCAAGAGUGAUGAAGAAGCUACAAGACGAGAUCAGAAGCUCCAUAAAAGAAGAUCAAGUAGUGAAGGAGAGCCACCUCGAAAAGCUUGAAUAUCUAAAAAUGGUGGUCAAAGAAGUUCUGAGGCUUCAUCCGCCGGCCCCACUUCUCCUUCCAAGAGAAACCAUCUCCCAUUUCAAGCUCAGCGGAUACGACAUCCACCCCAAAACUCAUAUCCACGUCAAUGUUUGGGCCAUCGGGCGAGACCCGGAAUCGUGGACCGCUCCGGAUGAGUUCUUGCCGGAGAGAUUCGUGGGAAGUGGCGUCGACUACAAAGGCCAGAAUUUCGAGUUUUUGCCGUUCGGAGCUGGCCGGAGAAUCUGUCCGGGGAUGAAUAUGGCCACCGUCACGGUGGAACUGGCGCUGGCUAAUUUGCUGAUGUGUUUUGAUUGGAAAUUGCCGGACGGAUUGAAAGAAGAACACGUGGACGUGGAAGAGGAAGCUGGUCUAACAGUUGCCAAGAAGUCGCUUCUUAAACUUGUUCCUCUCCCUUACUUUCAGAUUUGAUGAUAUAUAUUUUUCUGGAACAUAGGAUUCGAUGUAAUAUAUAGUUUAUCGUUAUCUUUUUUAUA